AUGGGGGAUGCAGAAAGCUUCCAACCUUCCAAGAAGAGGGCCGCCGGAGUUCAACUCACUCGUGAUAACCCCGAACUCGACGAGGAAAAUGAUAACGCGUCUGGACUGGAGGCGGGCAGCACUUUCAAAAAGGCGAGCGAGGAGGUUUUGGCCACUAGAAGGAUCGUCAAAGUACGCCGCCAGCAGACGACAUCCUCAUCUGCCCCAUCCGCCCCGGCCCCAACUUCUUCAAACCCAUUUGCUGCCAUCCGGUUGGUCCCUCCUCCCUCUUCUACUGAGCAAGCUGAUGAACUCAAAACUGAAAGCAAGGCUGAAGAUCCCAAAGGCGAAAAAUAUAAUGCGGAUGAGGAGAAAGCUGAUGUCAGCAGUGACAAGGCUGAUAAACAAUCUGAGGGAGAAGCCGAUGACGGCCUGAAAGCCGAUCCAAGUAAUGCUGACAAGGAUGAAAGUGAUGGCACAUCCAAAACUCCAGUCGAGGGUGAGGCUGAGAAUGAUGCAGUAAGUAAUGAUGAAGAAAAUGAGGUUGUUGCCAGCAAUGACGUGAAAGAUUGUGAAAAUGAUGAGAACAAGAAGGAAAACGGAGAUGAAAAUGCUAAAAAGAAUACAGAGGCCACCCCUUUCAGCUCAUUUCAGCAGCUGUCGAGCGGCCAGAAUGCAUUCUCAGGGCUCGCCGGGACUGGCUUUUCCAACACUUCGUUUUCCUUCGGGCUGCUCUCCAAAGACGGGGGCACCAAUUCUCUUUUUAGUGGGUUUAGUUCUUCCAACACCGAAACCCCUUCUCUUUUUGGUAACUCCUCUGUGGCGAAUGCCGUAAGCCAGAAAGAAGACAGUAAGUUCCCUCCCAUGCAAGAGGUUUCUGUGGAGACUGGCGAAGAGAAUGAAAAUGCUGUUUUCACUGCCGACUCCAUUUUGUUUGAGUAUAUCGAUGGAGGCUGGAAGGAGCGCGGGAAAGGGGAGCUCAAGGUGAACGUCUCAACUUCCGGGACUGGGAAGGCCCGCCUUGUCAUGCGGGCCCGGGGGAAUUACAGGCUGAUUCUGAACGCGAGUCUUUUCCCGGAUAUGAAGCUGACGAAUAUGGACAAGAAGGGGGUCACGUUCGCGUGCGUCAAUAGUGCUGCUGAGGGCAAGGAUGGUCUCUCUACAAUUGCUCUGAAGUUUAGGGAUGUCCUGAUUGCUGAGGAUUUUAAAGCUGCUGUUAUGGAGCACAAAGGUAGUAAGAGUAGUGAUGUUGUGGGUUUGAAAACCCCUGAAAAUUCUCCGAAGGCUGAGUAA